GGAGUGAGAGUGUGAGAGAGAGAGAGGGCGAGCAGUGCUGAAAUGGGGACAGAGAGAGAGGAAUCCAAGCAGACAGCCUCCCUAAUAGAGCAUGACUAACUCAGCUAGAGAAGCAGGGAACCGUUGGAUUACAGCAGCAUUUGCAGUUCGAUAUUUGGAUGUAUAUGUUUAGGAUUUAGCCAUAAUGUCGACAGCACAUCUGUUUCCGAAAACAUGUUUGAUAAUGGAUCAGCGAACGAACUUAAAAUGGUGGCUGCGCUUUUUCUUGUUUUGCCUCCUUUUUGGCGUUUCGUUUGGAGAGGUCCGUUACGUUCUUCCAGAGGAGAUGCAGCGGGGCUCGGUUAUCGGGAAUGUUGCGCGGGAUCUGGGGCUGACAGCGACGGAGCUCGGUGCUCGUCGAGCCCGUGUUGUUGCUGAAGGAACCCGCCAGCUGUGUGAACUGGACACUGCGUCAGGCAAUCUUUUGAUCAGCCAGCGGAUAGACCGAGAGGAGCUCUGCGCGCAAGCCAGUGUCUGCAUCCUACAGUACCAGCUCUUGCUCGAAGAUCCCCUUCAAGCUUACAGCUUAGUGUUGGACAUUGCAGAUAUAAAUGACAACAGCCCAGUGUUCGCUGCAGGAGAGAUACAACUAGAUUUAGUCGAGUCCACAGUUCUGGGGAGGCGCUUUCCCUUGGAGAGCGCGCAUGACCCCGAUCUGGGAACCAACUCAGUCCGUGAAUAUAAACUGAGCCCGAAUGAACAUUUUGCACUGGAAAUUGGUACCCAAAUAAACGGCAACGCCUAUCCAGAACUAGUUCUUAAAAAGGCCUUGGACCGGGAGGCACAAGCUGAACAUGUACUGAAAAUCAAUGGAAUCGACGGGGGAAAUCCAGUCAGAUCAGGAACUGCAUCUAUUCAUAUCCGUGUUUUGGACGCCAAUGACAAUGUCCCUGUUUUUAGCCAACGAGUCUACAAGGCCUCUGUGCCAGAGAACUCUGCCAUAGGGACUGUCAUAGCAACACUGAAUGCCACAGACCCAGAUGAGGGUAUUUAUGGAGAGAUAACAUACUCUUUCAGUUACAUGUCAGACAAGAUGGGUGGAGUUAUUGAAAUCAACCCUCAGAGUGGAGAAGUUCGGCUGGCAGGUGUCAUUGACUAUGAAGAGGCCAGUACGCACGAGCUGGAUGUCCAGGCUAAAGAUGGGGGCGGCCAGGCGUCUCACUGUAAACUUAUAAUUGACGUCACUGACGUAAAUGACAAUAAACCAAUAAUAGAAAUAAAGUCUGCCUCUGCUAACGUGGCUGAAGACUCCAAACCAGGAACUAUGGUCGCUCUGAUUAAUAUCUAUGACCUGGACACAGGAAGCAGUGGGCGUGUCGAGUGCACAAUCCCAGACAAUGUUCCAUUUAAGUUUGUAUCAGAGGUGAAAAACUAUUACAUGUUAGUGACUGACGGGAUGCUAGACAGAGAGCUUCAACCCGAGUAUAACAUCACAGUCACUGCCACCGAUGCUGGGUCCCCCUCACUCUCCAGUGUAAAAGUUCUAACAAUCGUGGUCAAGGAUAUAAACGACAACCCUCCGACUUUUACGCAGAGCGAGUACAAUGCCAACAUCUUGGAGAACCAACCCGUUGGCACGUUUGUGAUGAAAGUGAAAGCAGAGGACACUGACGACGGAUCUAACGCUAAAAUACUGUACCAAAUAUCUGAUGUGUCCAACUUCCUCACCAUCAACUCAGACACUGGCGAGCUCUUCACAUCGCGCCUCUUUGACUACGAACAGUCUGUUCACUUCCAAAUUAAGGUGACAGCUCGAGAUGGAGGCGACCCUCCACUCUCCACCACCUGCACUGUUAACGCGUUUAUUAAGGACCAAAAUGACAAUGCACCCAUUGUCCUGUAUCCCGUCCAAACCACCGGGUUCAUUGCUGAGGACAUGGUGCCAUAUGAAGCGCCCAGAGGUUACCUGGUUACUAAGGUGGUAGCUGUGGACGCCGACUCUGGCCACAACGCCUGGCUCUCCUACAGAAUAAUCAGAGCAACGCAGCCUAACCUGUUCGUGGUCGGUCUGCAUACGGGAGAAAUCAGAACAGUGCGAGCAUUCAUGGAGGACGAUGAACCGAAACAAACUGUUGUCGUUUCAGUGACAGAUAACGGGCCUGAAUCUCUGUCCGCCACCGCUACAGUCAGCGUGGUGAUUGGAGACGGGCUGCCGGUUUUAAACGAGCUCUUUGAGUUUACAGAUGAGUCACAGGACACUGAUAACUUAACCUUCUAUUUGAUCAUUGCCCUGAUAUCCGUGUCCUCUCUGUUCAUCCUUUUAAUCAUUGGAGUGUUUUAUUUUAAGCUCUGCAGGCGUAGUUAUGUUUACCGUUCAACCACCGCUAGUCUCCCCGUGUUCCCCACCACCUACUACCCACCUAGUUUCACAGACAUGAGCCGCUGCGGGACUCUGCUCAAAGAUGAGCGCUACGACUCCUUCUUGACCACAGGCUCGUGGAGAGGCGAUUUUCGUUUCGGCUCGAGCACAGACACCGACACACUGAAGCAAAGAAGCGCAGCCUAUCAAAAAAACACGCUCAGGCGCACGAGUGCAGACAGAGCUAGUUUAAAGGUGAGGGCAGGUGCACCUCAUCCUUGUUACGUAAUCAAAUGAGAGUCGGCCAUACCAUAUUGUAAAUAUGUUGUAAAAUAAUCCAUGUGCGGUGAAUACAAUUGUGACCCCCUCGACUGCAAAAAUAUGUUAGAAUUGUAUUUGUGCGUGAAUAUAUUGUUAAAUAUAAUGUUUUUGGAGUUUAUAACCUCAAUCUCAUCCCCCCCACGACCUGACCAUGAGCCAUGAAUAAUAUAGAUGGUAAUCUUUACCCAAUUGUAGAUAGUGUAUUUUAUGGAAUAUUUUCGAAAAGUAGUAUCAUAGUAGCAUCACCAGUCAUUCUUCUAUUUACAUCUGUUUUGUUUGUGAUUGCUUUUAUCAAAGAAAACGUUUGCAGCAGUUUGUUGUAACUUUAGUCAGACUUUGUUUGCCUGCUUUUAAUUAUUCUACUCUGUCACUACUUAGUAGCCUCUCUCUCUCUCUUUCUGUUUUUUAAAAUGCAUGGUAGACCUUUUUGACUCUAUUUAUCACUGUACUUUCUGACCUUGUGAGAGUAAAACAGUUGAUGAACUGUAGUCCUAGAUUUUAAUAUUUCUGCUUUGUCCGUGGUAUAUUUGUCUUUGCCACUGUUCAUUUAUUGGUGUAAAACACCCUUCACACUUAUUUAUUGUCCAUUUUUGGAUUUGGAAUACACUGCAGCCAAGUUUUGAUAAUGCUGUGUUAUCUUUUCACAAAAUAACACAUGACUUGUUGUGUGACAGAGACAUAAUACAAUAUUUGCACUAUGCCAUGCAUUGAACAAUCAAUAUGUAAACUGACUAUGAGUGUAUACUGAUGAAAAAUAAACUUGAAGAGAAGA